AUUUCUUACACUCAUCAACUUAAUUGGUGUAUUGAAAAAGCAGCAUGAAAUGAAACGUUGUAAAAUGUUGUUAAAAAAGUCACAUGUUUAAUCAUGCUUUUAACCGAAAAGUUAUUAUGGUUGAAGCGUGUCACUCCUCUUCCUUCUUCCUAACUAUUGUUGCGUAGUUUGGUACCUUCAAAACCAAAAUCAAAACAACUGUUAAAUCAAACAACCAAACACAAACCUUUGUGUACGCUAUAUCAGACAACACAACCUCGUUAAAUCUCUCACAUAAAACAAAAACAAAAAACAACAUCGUACUAUCUCACUCUGUUCCUGAUCAUCUCAAAACAAUGCAAAAUAAUUCUCCCGACGGCGGCUCCGGUUGCCGGACGGUGGUGGUCGGAGUAAAAAUGGAUUCUCCAAGCAAAGAGCUUCUCACUUGGGCUUUGGUUAAAGUUGCUCAACCUGGUGAUCUUGUUGUUGCUCUGCAUGUUCUUGGGACAAAUGAAAUUGUUAAUGGAGAUGGGAAAUCGUCGCUGCUUUCUCUUGUUAAGUCAUUUGACUCUGUUCUUAAUGUUUAUGAAGGAUUCUGCAAUUUGAAACAGGUGGAUCUUAAGCUAAAAAUUUGCCGAGGUUCAUCGGUGAAGAAAAUUUUGGUACGAGAAGCGAAUGCUUAUUCUGCAACUCAUGUUAUUGUUGGAAGUGUUCAUAGACACCAUAGAAUCCGGUCAUCGAGCUCUGUAGCUAAGUACUGUGCUAGAAAGUUAUCUAAGGACUGUUGUAUUCUUGCUGUUAAUAAUGGGAAAGUUGUGUUUCAGCGCGACAGCUUGGCAGCAUCGAUUCCUGUUGCUGAUGUACAAGGGUUGGAUCGUCAUCACGGAAAUGGUUUGCUUGGUUCAAUUCAUUGGACACUAAGUAAAAGUACAAAAGUACAAAAUGAUGAUGCUGAUGAGGGAACCAGACGAAUUUCGGAUCACAGUUUAGCUAAGGUUUUGCUUGAUUCUACAGAAAAUGUUAAACAUCAUAGUUGUUCAAUUUGUGGCGCAUUGCAAGACACUUCUUGCCACCAAUCUGCAGACGAGCCUUCAGAAGGAUCUGAACGCUCUUCUGUUGAUGGUGGCAAUGAGAAUUCUAUGGCAAUAGUGUCUGUACAGACCAUUGAUGCCCGACAACCUGAAAUGAAACCUGGUUGGCCGCUACUACACCGGAAGAUUUUAUCAGAAACACAAUUACCUGAUAAACCAUUCAUGCGCCACCAGACCUCUGUGGUCCAGUGGGCAAUGAAGUUGCCACGCAGAAAUCUUUCCUAUCGUGUUGAUCAUAUUCAGGAUCAAUCUGUGGCUUUAUAUAGUGAAAGUGGUGCUCUUGUUCCAGUAGAUUCGGAAAUAGGGAAAACUUAUUCGUCGCCUGCAUGCAAUUUAAAAAUUAUUCCUAAAGAAUUAGAGGCACUUCAUGAGAAAUACUCAUCAAAAUGCAGAUUGUUUGAGUACCAAGAACUUGUAUCAGUGACAUCAAAUUUUUUGCCUGAAAACUUGAUCGGUAAAGGAGGAAGUAGUAUGGUUUAUCGAGGCUGCCUCCGUGAUGGCAAGGAACUUGCUGUCAAAAUCCUAAAGCCUUCUUAUGAUGUUUUGAAAGAAUUUCUUUUGGAAAUAGAAAUCAUCACUACAUUGCAUCACAAAAACAUUAUUACACUCCUUGGUUUCUGCUUUGAGAAUGGCAAUCUUCUUCUGGUUUAUGAUUUCUUAUCAAGAGGAAGCCUCGAAGAGAACAUUCACGGGACUAAGAAAAACCCCGGCAAGUUUGGUUGGGCGCAGAGAUAUAAGGUUGCAACAGGUGUUGCUGAGGCUUUGGAUUAUCUGCAUUGUAAAAAUGAUCAGCCUGUUAUCCAUCGAGAUGUAAAAUCAUCAAAUGUAUUACUAUCUGAAGAUUUUGAACCUCAGCUUUCUGAUUUUGGAUUGGCUACGUGGGCGUCAACCACAUCAUCGUAUAUAACGUGCACGGAUGUUGCUGGAACCUUUGGUUAUAUGGCUCCUGAAUACUUCAUGUACGGCAAAGUAAGUGAUAAGAUCGAUGUCUAUGCGUUCGGUGUCGUGCUGCUUGAGCUGCUUUCAGGGAGAAAGCCGAUAAGUGCUGAUUUUCCAAAAGGUCAACAGAAUCUUGUUAUGUGGGCAAGUCCGCUUCUAAAUAGCGGAAAGGUAUCAGAAUUGUUAGAUCCUACUUUAGGUGAUAACUAUGAUCAUGAGGAGAUGGAAAGGAUGGUCUUAGCAGCAACACUUUGCAUCAAACAUGCUCCAAAAGCUAGGCCUCAAAUGAGCAUUGUAUCAAAGCUACUUCAAGGCGAUAUUGACGCGAUCAAGUGGGCAAAAGUGGAAGUCAAUACUUUGGAAGCGCACGAAAUGCUCGAUGACGAAGCAUGUCCACCAAGUAAUCUACAGUCACAUCUUAAUCUUGCACUGCUUGAUGUGGAAGAUGACUCACUCUCCAUGUAUAGUGUUGAACAAAGUGUAUCACUAGAAGACUACUUGAGAGGCAGGUGGAGCCGAUCAUCGAGUUUUGACUGAGCAAAUUACAAGCAUAUACUGCUACAAAAAGUUCUAUUCUUCUAUACUUUUUUUAUUUCAACAAUUUGUAGAUAAAAGUUUUUCUUUGCAUCUUCCAUAAGCUUUGGCAUCUUUAUGAUUUUUAUUAAAGGGUGGUUUAGGAUGAGAGGUUGUUUGUGUGUGCCCUCCUCCUUACCUUAAUAAUGAGGAAACUAAGCCUCAUUAAUUUGUUGGGCUAUUUCCCCUUUUUCAUUCUAAUUCAAAUGGUGACUAUUUUUGUCCCAUUGAGUUUUGUAAAAAAGGAUGAAAAAGUUGUAUUUUAGACCAUUAGAACCAUUUUUCUCUUAAUCCUAAUAAUACUACAACAAUUGAAUCGUUUGGAUUCUUUCAUCUCACUCUGAUGGAUCGAUGAGUUUAACAGAAUCAGUGUGUCACCAUGAUUUUAGCAAAAAAUAUACUUUCAAACUUCAAUAAAAUUAAGGCGCUACCGUAAUUUCACCAAAUUAACUAUAAAUUCACACAGUAUAUAUUUUAGUUAUUUGAUAGUAAAAGAUAUGUAUUUUAAAAAUCAUAAAAUAAAGCAUUUGCAAGGGUAAAGUUGGAAAUUGCUCUUUUCUUUAUUUCUUUUGUGACCACAAACAUUUGCCUCAAGUUAUUAUGUAACAAAUCUUAUCCAUAGCAGAAGGAGUGAAGCUAAGUAAUAUGCAAACUAAUAAGGCCUUCUUGUAAGUACUUGUUGGCCAUUAAAGCCAAAAAAACACCAAAAAAUUUAACCAUGGCCACAAGUUGUUCCUACAUGGUUUCUACCAAAUUAUCCAUAGCAGGUUGGACAGGAGGAAGAA